UUCAAACGAACGGUCUGCUCGAGAGUAACAGCAACGAUGGAGUCUCGCACGCUCUUCCUCAGCUCCAUCGCCUUCCCUCCAUCUUAUCCUUCUUCUUUUCUGCCGGCCGUUAGUUUCAGGUCCAUCUGUUUCGGAAACCGAGUUUUCCUCAAUCGGUGCUCCGUCUCCGGGGCCGUCUCCGUCGCCAGCCCUAGCGGCGAAUCGUCUGCUCGCUUCCAGAGCCUCAGAGUUCUGGAGUGGGACAAGCUGUGCGAUUCCGUCGCUUCGUUCGCCGGCACUUCGCUCGGCCGGGAAGCCGCUAAGACUCGGUUAUGGUCUCUGGAUCAGACGUACGAGGAGAGCAUGAGGCUUUUGAGUGAAACUAAUGCGGCCGUGGAAAUGCACCGACGUGGUGGUUUCAGCUUGGACUUCAGCAGCAUCGAUUCUGCUCUGGUCAAGUCUGCAAUUCAGCAUGCUCGGAGAGAUCUACCCAUGAGUGGACAUGAAGCAAUAGCGGUUGCAUCUCUUUUGCAAUUUGCUGAUACUCUACAGCUGAAUCUACGAGCAGCAAUCAAGGAAGAUGCGGAGUGGCAUGGACGUUUCAUGCCUUUGAGUGAUGUGAUUCUGGAACUGACAAUAAAUCGAGUUCUAAUUAGGUCGAUACAGCAAGUCCUUGACGAAGAUGGCUCUGUUAAAGACUCCGCUAGUCCUUUGCUCAAACGGUCACGUGAACAAGUGCAGAUGCUUGAAAAGAGGCUAAAUGAGUUGAUGGACAAAUUAAUGAGGAAUGAUAGGAAUGAGUCAUCCUUCCUGGGUGUGAGUAAUGUCAAUGGAAGAUGGUGCAUAAAGUCCGGAAUGGAUAAGCUGACAAAUUUGAAUGGUCUACUGAUAUCCAGUGGUUCAGGGAAUGGAAAUAUUAUAGAGCCACUUGCUGCCGUUCCUUUAAAUGAUGAGCUGCAACGAGCAAGAGCAUUGGUGGCAAAGGCUGAGGAAGAUGUGCUUCUAAUGUUAACAAAGAAGAUGCAAAUGGAUCUUGAUGAAACUGAAAUUUUGCUGAACAGCAUAAUCCAACUGGAUACGAUAAAUGCUCGAGCUACGUAUAGUCUUUCAUAUGGAGGCACAUGUCCUGAUCUCCUUCUACUGGAGGAGAAGAGUAGAAUGCUCGACACUGAAACAUCCUUGUCAGAGAACAAAAUUUCAAAAUCAUCGAACUCCGGCGAAUGGACCCUAUUUUUGCCUAAAGCUUAUCAUCCCUUGUUGGUCCAGCAGCAUAGACUAAAUCUACGCAAGGCCCGAAAGAAUCUCAGCAGUGCUGCUGCAGAGAUAGGAAGGAGGAAAAUGCGAGCAGGAAUGUCAAAUAAAGGAGAGUCAGAGAUUGAUCUUGGAGCCCUGAAAGAGCAGGUUGCAGCGCUCGAACAGGCUAAGCCAGUUGCAGUUGAUUUUUCCAUUUCCAGGGAGACUAAGGUUUUGGUCAUAACUGGCCCCAAUACUGGUGGCAAAACUGUAUGCCUAAAAACAAUUGGCUUGGCAGCUCUGAUGGCAAAAUCAGGCCUCUACAUCUUGUCAGCUGAAUCUGUGCAGAUCCCUUGGUUUGAUUCUGUCUUUGCUGAUAUUGGUGAUGAACAGUCUUUGUCCCAAUCUUUAUCUACCUUCUCUGGACACCUGAAACAAAUCAGUGACAUUCGAUCAAAAUCAACAAAGCAGUCAUUAGUGCUACUAGAUGAAGUUGGUGCGGGAACAAACCCUCUAGAAGGAGCAGCUCUGGGAAUGUCACUGCUGGAGUCUUUUGCCAAUGUUGCUCUUUUGACAAUAGCUACGACCCAUCAUGGUGAACUGAAAACCCUAAAAUACAGUGCUGCUGGCUUCGAAAAUGCUUGUAUGGAGUUUGAUGAAGUACAUUUGAAGCCUACUUACAAGAUUCUCUGGGGAAUUCCAGGGCGUUCGAAUGCCAUCAGUAUAGCUGAAAGAUUGGGACUGCCUGAUACAAUUGUCAAUGAUGCUCGAGAACUGUAUGGUACAGCGAGUGCGGAGAUAAAUGAGCUCAUUACUGAUAUGGAAAAAUACAAGCAGGAAUUUCGUGAGCUGCAACGUGAUUCACAAUCUUACCUAAUGCUCGCGAGGGACCUUCACAGAAAGCUCUUGGCCGCCCGGAGGAGGAUUGAGGAACAACGUAUUAGUCAAAAGAAUAGGAUGUUUAGAGAAAUAUCAGAGGCCGCUGCAGCAGCACGCUCAAUGCUCCAUAAAAGUGUGCGGCAGUUUCGUGCAUCCCAAGUGCAGCACUUCCAGUCAGUUGGAGUAAAAACAAGCCCGAAGUCAUUGGCUGCUAAGUGCCAAGAAAGUAUAGAUGAAGACAGCAAAGAUCUCGUGCAAAGGAAAAGCACAACCCCGUCUGAACCUCUCAAGCAAUCAUCUUUAGAGAAAAAAUCUGAGCUUCCAGCAGUUGGUGCAAUGAUUCAUGUUCCAUCCCUUGGGAGGAAAGCAACAGUUUUGAAAGUGGACUGCUCUAAGAAAGAGAUAGUAGUUCAAGCUGGUAAUAUGAAGUUGAAAUUAAAAUUGAACGAGUUUCAGACAUGAUGUGAAGUUCAAGCCCAUAGUCUCCUGUUGUGGUCUAGACUUGCUAUGCUGGCUAUCUGGAGUGGAUCUCAGUGCUCCCAAGAUGUCAAUCGGUGCACAGGAAAAAAGGUUCCCAUCGACUCUUCAUUCAUUAUGAAUGGUGGAAUGUAGAGCUAAGAUAACAAAGCCAUAAGUUGAAGAAUGAGAUGAAAAGGGCUGAAAGUUUUGAACGAGCGCUCUACUCUCACAUGUAAAAUACAGGAUUUCCAAUCCUAGCAGAAAAGGGAGGGAAACAGAUGCUCAAUUUCAAGUGAGUAAACAGAAUUCCAUGUACCCUUGCCAGAUUUCCACUGUAACUGGAGAAAACUUCUUCUUUAUUAAUGAUGAGCUGGAAGAUGGGGAGCCUCAGCAGUGAAUUAAAGAUAUGGUUGUGGACUGGGGUCAACUGGAGUUUUAACGUAGUGAAGAGUGAUGGGAGUCUCAAUGCACAUGUUCCACGGUCCGUAGGUUAUAUGGUUGUGACUCAAUGCCUGUUGAGCAUCUCCAGCUUCCAUUCAAUGUCUUAUCAUUUAUGAAGGGAAAACGGUUAUCAGUUCACAAGAGUGGAUGCUUCAGGCUUCUAAUAGGAGGUUUUGGACCAUUAAAGUUUGCUUCAGAACAACUGCCGUGUCAAAAUUUGGUUGAAUCAACUAGGAGACUAACAUCCUCAAGUCUUCGCAGAAGAGCUCUAGAGAUAGGUUGCAUUGUUUAGAAUCAGUACAACUACACAAAAUUUGAGUUACUGCAACGAGUCGUUCAGUUAUGCAUUUGUGAGUUCUCAGACAAUCUGUGAUCAUGUGGGUCUCUAAUCCAUUGCUUUAUAGAUGGGCAUCUAGAUCCCUGAACCUCCUUGGUGUAAAAACCAAAUUUUCCAGGUUCCUUGUAGAUAGGAAUUUCCUAGAUAUCACAUCUGUUGUUCCCCUCGUUUCUGAACCUUGGUAGACAAAAGAAGCUUUUGCAUUUGCCUGCACACUUCCACCAGAUUACUCCUCUUUAGGGUAAAACACAAGGUUUUUGACCUGCUGCAUCUUUGCACUCCUAUCCUAUAUGCUUCGAGGCUUGUUAGAGCUCCUCUCCAAAUAAAGCCUUAACAUGUGUCCACCUUCCCGGAGCGGGAGCUGUGCUUAAGAGACCUGAGCAUAUUCUCUUUCUUUACCUUCUACAGCAAAUAUGCCCACGAGAUGGAGGAGACAAUAACAUAUGCACCACUCUCUCUGUGCCCAAAGAUAGAUGCACGGGCGCGCACGGGCGCACACAUGCUACUCUACACAUGAUGACAAGGCGGGAGAUGCUUAAUCACUUCCAUGUCUCAAUGGAUGGACUCAGUUUUGAGUGUUUCCUCCUAGCAUGUCUUGCGCGCUGAGCUGCGAGUUUUGUUGUUUUGGCUAUACGAUGAUACUUUCAAGAGACGAUGGAAACUGCCGACUUUAAUGUUUCAAAGUGUGAUGUUUGAUAAAAUUUUGUGCUUUGUGUGUUUA